CAAAUGGCAGAUGAGCAGAAUCCACUCGUGAAAUCCACUCUGAGUGAAAGCAGCUCUUCCCCAGAUGUGGAAGAGUCUGUGGCCUCUAUUGCAGACCUACAGGACCCGAGUGAAACCACCCAUCCUCAAUAUCUUAAUGUAUCUGUGGCUUCUACUGCAGACCUACAGGACCCGAGUGAAACCACCCAUCCUCAAGAUCUUAAUGUGUCUGAGGCUUCUACUGCAGACCUACAGGACCUGAGUGAAACCACCCAUCCUCAAUAUCUUAAUGUGUCUGUGGCUUCUACUGCAGACCUACAGGACCUGAGUGAAAGCAGCUGUCCUGCAGAUCUGGAAGAGUCUGUGGCCUCUGUUGCAGACCUCCAGGACCCGAGUGAAACCACCCAUCCUCACGAUCUUAAUGUGUCUGAGGCUUCUACUGCAGACCUACAGGACCUGAGUGAAAGCAGCUGUCCUCCAGAUAUGGAUGAGUCUGCAGAUCUACAGGACCCGAGUGAAAGCAGCUGUCCUGCAGAUGCUGAUGUGUCCUCUGUUUGGGAGCAGCUGGAGAGCACAGUGCUGGAGUCUGCAGAUGUGGAUGAUGUUUACUGUGAAACUCACCUGAGGACACGCACUGAGCCGAGCGCUGCAAAUGCACACUUACUAGUGCACUCCAGUGGACGCCUGCAUAGGGCGACGUGGAGGGAGCAUCAGAACCUGCUGGAGGUUUAAGGAGGACACGGCAGCACUGCGCAGGAGAGAACAGAGGAACAGAGACGGCUGGAAAAGUCCAAGCAGAUGAUCAGGGAGAGAGAGACCGAGCUGAGGGAAAUGCGGAAAGCUGCCGGAAACCUCAGGAACCUGACUAAAGCCACAGAGGAAGAAGGCGACAGGAUCUUCACCCAAAUGCUCAGCUUUAUACGGAGAAGCCACACAGAGAUGAUGAAUCUGCUGCAAACUCAGAUGAGCGUGGAGAUGGACAGAAUUCAGGAACAUCUGGAACAUCUGGACCAGGAGAUCCAAAAGCUCAGGAGAAAACACUCUGAACUGGAGCAGCUUUCACAAACUGAAGAUCACUUACACUUACUACAGAGCACAGACGUGCCCAGCCUGACCACUAACUCACAGUUCUCUUUUGGGGAAAUGAUCAAGUCCCUCUCCUCAUUAACUGCACAAAUACAGGACGUCUGGAGACGGGAAAUCAGCAGCAUUUCCUCAGCAGUGACCGCAGAGAAGAUCUUACUGCCUCUCGAACCCAAGACGAGGGAGGAGUUUCUACAGUUUCUGGUUCCUUUAAGUCUAGACCCAAACACGGCCCACAGGAGCCUUCGUUUAUGGGAUGCGAACCGUGCGGUGGCCUGCAGCCCAGACCUCCAGCCGUACCCUGAACACCCGCAUCGCUUCCAGUGGUGGGCCCAGGUUUUGGGUCGAGAGUGUCUAAUUGGCCGCUGCUACUGGGAGGCGGAUUGGAGCGGUCGGUACGGCGUGGACAUCGCAGUGACCUACGCAGACAUUAGCCGAACUGGAGAACAGGACGACGCUGGGUUUGGGUACAACACACACUCCUGGAGUCUGGACUGCUCUGAAAGAUAUGCAGUGGUGCACAAUAACGUGGAGACGGAGGUCAGUGUUCCGGCUUCCCGAAGGAUCGGGGUUUAUCUGGACACCCGUGCGGGUUUUCUGUGUUUCUACAGCGUCUCAGACUGCAUGAUCCUCCUGCACAGACUCCACACACGCUUUACUCGGCCUCUGCAUCCAGGGUUUGGUCUCUUUCAGGGAUCCACUGCCAGAUUUUGUGCACCAGAAAUGGACAAACCCAAGAAUAAAAAAGCAUGUGCAAAUCACAGACAGAGAACCGUGAAGAUAACAAGUCGUCACAAAAAAUAAUCAGCAUAGAUUUUAAAAUACACAAGAAAUAUGGAGCUUACAGUAACCUGAAUCUGUUAAUAACGCUAAUGAAUGCUGAAAUGUGUGAAUGUGAUAGUGAACAGUUGAUUAUGUUACUAAUUCUGCUUUAACUUAUUGUUAAACUUUUCAUAACAGAGUUGACAUUUUAUACUGCGGAUGCUUAUCCAGAUGCUGAUCUCAAGUUCUCUCAUGUUUAAAACACAAUGUUAUGCAUUUUCAUCAUACUAUUGUUUUUAAAAAGUGAAUGAGAAAUUCACUGAAAUGGCCUUAUUAAAAAUAAUCGAGAUGACGGUAACAGAAUUGACAGAAACCAAUUUAAAAAUAACAAAGACGACAGUAACAAAGUUUACGAAACGGAGUUGAAAAUAACGAAUAUGAAAGUAACAGAGCUGACAGUAAUGGAGUUGAAAAUAAUGGAGACGUCAGUAAUGGAGAUGACGGAAACGGUGUUGAAAAUAACGAAGGUGACAGAGAUGUCAGUAACAUUGUGGAAAAAUAACAGGGAUGACAUUAAUGAAGAUGACACGGAGAUGACAGUAACAGAGUUGAAAAAUAAUGGAGAUGACAUUAAUGGAGAUGACAAUAACAGAAAUGACAGAAACGGAGAUGACGGUAACAAAAAUGACACGAAGAUGACUAACAGAGUUGAAAAAUAAUGGGGAUUUCAUUAUUGGGGAUGACGUUAACGAAGAUGACAGUAAUGGAGAUGACAGGAAUCGAGUUAAAUAAUAACGGGGAUGACAUUAAUGGAGAUGACGUUGACGGAAAUGACGGUAAAUGAGUUAAAAAUAACAAAGAUGACACAAAGAUGACAGAAACAGAGUUGAAAAAUAACAGAGAUGACAUUAAUGAAGUUGAUGUUAACGGAAAUGACAGUAAUGGAGAUGACAUUGACGGAGAGGACAGUAACGGAGUUGAAAAUAACGAAGAUGACACGGAGAUGACUAACAGAGUUGAAAAAUAACGAGGAUGACAGAGAGAUGUCAGAAACAUUGUUGAAAAAUAACAGAUAUGACAGUAACGGAGAUGACGGUAACAGAGUUGAAAAAUAAUGGAGAUGACAGUAAUGGAGAUGACGUUGACGGAGAUAACAGUAUUGGAGAUGACAGUAUUGGAUUCAAAGUUGAAAAUAACAAAGAUGACACGAAGAUGACAGUAACAGAGUUGAAAACUAACGGCCAUGACAGUAAUGGAGAUGACAGUAACAGAAAUUAUGGUAUAUAUAACACCCUGAGCGUGGCACUUUAGGAAACCUGUUAUCGAUUACGUACUGCACUUGUGUUACACAUUUCUUUUAUUUUUCACUAAAGAUGUUUAAUGUUCAUACUCUGCAUGACAAUGUUGUUUUGAAUAGUCAGAUUGCUGAUGUUAAAUUGCUGACUGCAACCAAUUUAUAACCAUAGUUUUUAUUAAAGGGCAGAUCACACUGAAUGUUCACAGAAUAUUAGACUAGAUAUUCUUCAAGACACCAGUAUUCAGCUUAAAGUGACAUUCUAAAGCUUCACUAAUUUAAUUAAGUUAAUAAGUCUCUGGACAACAGUGGAUUAUUCUGUGGACAAUAAUAAAAGCAUUUCUGAAGCGGGUAAAGCACAGCAGCUUUUAAGUUGUUUAACUACUAAUAAAUAAUUAGUUUAAACAUAAUAAAUGACUUUAAACACCAGUUUUAUGACGGUCUCAUUAAUAAACAAAACACUUUCACAUGAACAUGGAAUUAACUGUACCAGUAACACUUCAUUGAUUAUUUGUGAAGCGCGGUCAAUAAAGACGUCAUCAGACAUG